GGAAGUAGUCGGGUUUCAUUGUCACAACAACAAAGACGUACAUCGUUACAGUUUUAUAACCAAAUAAUAUGUCACCUUUUCUUAAGCUCUUCGGGAAAUACUGUAACAGUUUGGGACAUUUGCGUAAAUCAUCCGCGAUCAGUUUAAAGUACAAUAUCGAUACUUAAGUCGCUUAUUUCAUUCGCUUUGCUAACAUUUGUAGCAGACUGAAGUUAGCCAAACAUGCUAAUGUAAGCAGCUGGAAUAAGCACAGCAAGGCACGGUUUAUUUUUUUUAUUUUUAUUUUUUAAUCUUUACUGUGGUGAGAGCUGAGCAUUUUGUACAUUCAUAGGACCAUGCCACGCCUUCAGUCAGGUGUUUGGAAGCAUUUCACACCAGCCAUUAAAGAUGGGAGAGAAACUUUCAUGUGCAACUACUGUUCAAGGACUUACACCAAGAACGCUACCAAGAUGCAGAUGCAUUUGGACAAAUGUAAAGAGUAUUCUGUGAUAUCCCAGCAGUCUCCAGGCCCGGAUGGGGGCUCCUCUGCCUCCAUUCCUGUUCCCUCCUACUCAUUUUUACCAUCUGCCGCCCAUGGGGGACAGUUUCUCAUCGAUUCAGUGGAUCAGCGAAGCCAGGCGUAUGCUGACGAGUGCUUGGCGAGAGCUGUGUUUGCCUCUUCCUCAAAUCUCAGUCUUGUUGACAAUAUUUACUGGAGACAUUUUUUUGGUGUGCUCCGGCCUGCGUACUGUCCUCCAACCAGGGAGGCUCUGUCUUCUCAUCUCCUGGACUGUGAGUUUGACAGAGUACAAAGUCAAGUUCAUGAGGCCAUAGGGAAGGCAGAUUGUGUCACCAUCAUAUGCAGUGGCUGGUCUAACAUAAAUGAAACUGGUACCAUUAUUUACAUUGUGGCAACACCUUCACCACUGUUCUAUAAAUGCACAAAGACUAAGGAAUAUACAAAUCCUAACAAAGAUAUUGCAGAGGAACUAAAAAAUAUCAUAAAUGAAGUGGGGCCACAGAAAGUUUUUGCUGUCGUCACAGAUGAUUCCCCGGAAAUGACAGCUGCCUGGGCUGAAGUAGAGGAAGCAUUUCCACAUAUAACAGCUAUUGGCUGCACAGCAUGUGGUGUCCAGCACCUGUUGAAUGACAUACUGACCCAGCCAUCUAUGAAGGCAUUGUGCAGGAGAGCUGAGCAGGUGGUGAGGUAUGUAAGAGAGACAACAGUAUUGGCAGAGGCCUUUAGAUGCUGCCAGACGACAAAGAUAAGAAACCACAGUGCCAAUAGGACGUCACUGUCACUGCCUACUGAUGACUGGAGCAGUGUGGUUAACAUGUUAAACAGCCUCAUAGAGGGUCAGAAAUCCCUCCAAGACAUAGCUCUGUCACCCACGCUGGAUGUCGAAGCAUCUGUGAGGGCCACACUGCAGGACGCAUCAUUUUGGAAAGGGUUAUGUAGCAGUCGUAACCUGCUUUACUUGAUUGGGAACUAUAUUGAUUACAUGAAAAGAGAAGACGCCGUCCUGUCUAGCGUUGUUGAUAUGUUCAGUCAGUUACGAUACCAGUUUGGAGCUUCGCUGUCUGAAUCUGUGUUGCACAUUACUGAACAAAAAGCUGUAAUGGCAUCAUUAGACAGGUGUCAGGAGUUCUGCGUCAAGCCCAUCCACGCAGCAGCGUACAUGCUGGAUCCAAAGCAUGUGGGACAGCAGACACUCUCUGGGGAGCAGAUAAACGGCGCUUACUACGUGAUAUCCAGCUUGUCACACCAUCUUAAUCUUGAUGAAGGUAAAGUGCUUGGAAGCUUUGCCAGGUUCUCAGCUAAGCAAGGCCUGUGGAAGGGAGCAGGGAUAUGGAGCUCAUGCCAGCAUGUGUCUGCGUCCACGUGGUGGAAAGGGCUGUGCUCGUCCGAGCCCAUCUCCGCUGUGGCCUUUGCUGUUCUGCAGAUCCCACCAACAGCAGGAGCGUGCGAGCAACUAAGGUCACAGUUCAACUACGCAAAGACGCAAGGUUGUGUCUCAGCUGACAGGGUGCCAAAACUGGUGGCAGUCCAGGUCAACCUCAAACUUUUAGAGCCAAGUGAUGCAUCGGAGUUUACUCCACUAGAGAGUGAAGACGACACAAAAGUUCCAUUCCAAUCUAACACAGAGGACAGCGAGGAAAUGGGAUAACCUGAUGCUAUGUGAAACAGACCACAUCCUUUACAAGGAAAGAGAUUGCAUAUUGACAAAAUGCUAAACCUUUUCAGCUGCAGUGUCACUGAGCUCACAUUCUACUCCAAGAGAAAUGGAUACAUAACACCUGUAUUAUUGUGUAUACUAGGAUUUUAGUUUUAUUUUUAAUACACUUUGAAAUUAUAGUAUUUAUCAUCUUCAUUAUCACAAUGUAAAGUUCAAUCUUCUCUAUUAGAAUGUUUACAUAAUACAAAUUAAACCAUCAGAUUAAUGAUCUUUUUUUUUGUCGUUUUUUAUUUCAUGUUUGUUACAAGGAUAUU